AAAUCUUCUACCUACUGGCAUCAUCAUGUGUCACUCUCUAGUACUGGGCCGAAGUCACGUAUCCCACUUUUGCUUGUUGCCUCGAGUUACGAUCCUAUUUCCAUAUUUACAGCAGUUUCCUCCGUCAGUUCUUUCUCGAGUUAGAAUUCUGAUUCACUGGCAAAUCACUUUCUCUAGCAACCCUCACCAUAGCAACACACCACGCCCCGUUGCAACUGUUUCCGCUUUACAACCAGACGAACGCAACUUCCCAUUUACCCCCCUUCAAUGUCAAUGCAUUCUCGGUUCUACAAUUGCAACUUACAAUAAUGUAAACCUGCAUUUACUCCCACACCACACACACACAAAAACACACAAAAUUCAAUAUUACAUUCGUCUCUCUUUCGUCUGUUCUUUUGUAGACAUCUGGAUCCUCUCUUCACCCAUCUAUCAUCUACCUUUCCAUUACAUUCACAUCAAUUGUACCACAGUGACACAAUACACAUAUUGUAGUCAAUUUAAGUUGACUUAAGUUGGUACAAUGGCGUACAAACAGCCCCUGGCUGAGCCAAUUGCAGUCGUCGGCGUAAGUUGUCGAUUUGCUGGUGGUGCUACGUCACCAACAAAGCUCUGGGAAGUGCUUUGCAAUGCUCCAGAUCUCUCCCGAGAAGUUCCCCCUGAGAGGUUCAACGCUACGGCUUUCUAUCAUCCCGAUGGAGAGUACCAUGGUACAACAAAUUCUAUCAAGGCAUAUUGGCUAGACCAAGAUCACCGUGCCUUUGAUGCUGGUAUGUUUCAUAUCACGCCAAAGGAGGCAGAAGCUGUCGACCCUCAACAACGCCUAGUACUAGAAGUCGUCUAUGAGGCCCUUGAAUCAGCUGGAUACACUCUGAACACCUAUUCUGGGAAGAAUGUUGCUGUUUUCUCCGGUGUGAUGACUGCUGACUAUGAUACCCUAUCUCAGCGUGACGACCUGUUCACGAGUCAGUAUUACGCAACUGGCAAUGCUCGUUCGAUUAUUUCGAACCGAAUCUCGUACUUCUACAACUUCCAGGGCCCAUCUAUGACCAUAGAUACCGCUUGCAGUUCAAGCUUGGUGGCUCUCCAUCAGGCUGUCUUGAGCUUGCGUUCAGGGGAAAGCGUUAUGGCGUGUGUAACAGGCACAAAUAUAAUGAUGACUCCGGAGCAAUUCCUCGUAGAGUCCAGUCUACACAUGCUGAGUCCUACAGGUAAAAGCCGGAUGUGGGAUGUAGCAGCCGAUGGCUACGCACGUGGAGAGGGUGUUGCAGCCUUUCUUCUUAAGCCCCUUUCUCGAGCCUUGGCAGAGGGCGACCAGAUCACCGCAAUUAUCCGCGAUACUGGAGUCAACUCAGACGGACGAACGAAGGGAAUUACGUUGCCAAACCCUCGGGCCCAGACCAUCCUUAUCAAAGAUACAUAUCAGAAAACAGGCUUGAAUUCACUGGAACCUGACGAUCAUUGCCAAUACUUCGAAGCUCACGGCACCGGUACACCCGCGGGUGAUCCUAGAGAAGCUGAAGCCAUUUAUAAUGCCUUUUUCGACGAUAGCACAAGCCUUACUCAUGAUUCUAGGACUAAACGCUUAUUAGUCGGGUCGGUCAAGACUGUUCUUGGGCAUACCGAGGGCGCAGCUGGGUUGGCUGGAUUGCUCAAGGUCAUCGAAGCUAUGAAGAACAAUGCUGUCCCACCAAACCUGCAUCUUGACAAAAUCAAUCCUACUGUUGAACCCUUUUGCAAACACCUUGACGUACCGAUAACUUUAGUUCCUUGGCCUCGCCCACCCAUCGGUCAGCCGAAAAGGGCGAGUGUCAAUUCAUUUGGAUUCGGAGGCGCCAACGCCCACGUAAUCGUCGAAUCGUACGAACCAUCAAUUCACGAUGAAAUCUACAAGAAGAAUGCUGGAAAGAAGUCGAAGUCGUCGGGAAGGAAGUCGGGAAAUAUGCAAUCAAUGGUAAAGAUUGGGGAUACCUCACUCUCUUUGCCUCUUCUCCUAUCCGCUGGCUCACAGAAAUCGCUGCAAGCUGUCAUUGCCUCUUAUAGAGACUAUAUUCUACAACACCCAGAUGUUGACCACGCUCAACUAGCUUGGAGUUUAUAUUCCCGUCGAACGGCUUUGCCAUAUCGAAUCUCAGUGUCAGCAAGCUCAUCAGCACAAGCACUUCAGGUUUUCAACGAUAUUCUCAAGCCAACAUCGAGCAUCACAGGGAUUCGGAGCGCCACUUCGACCGGGCGCCCGAAGAUCAUUGGCGUAUUCACCGGUCAAGGUGCACAGUGGACUUCGAUGUCUAAGUCUCUGUUUUAUACCAGUAAAGUAUAUUGCAAUGCUAUCCGCGGCCUUGAUAAGAUAUUGGGUUCUUGUCCUCACCCCCCUAACUGGACACUGGAAGAACAGAUUCUGGCAGAAGAGAGUGAAUCCCGUGUGGAUAUCGCUGCCGUAUCCCAACCUCUUUGUACCGCGUUGCAAAUAGGACUGAUAGACCUUUUGCAAAGCUUGGGCAUCAACUUCCACACUGUAAUCGGACAUUCUUCUGGGGAGAUUGCGGCCGCAUAUGUAGCAGGAAGACUUUCAGCACGGGAUGCGAUAUUGAUCUCGUACUAUCGCGGUUACUUUGCACAUCUAGCCGGUGGCCAGGAUGGUCAAAAGGGUGGAAUGCUUGCAGCAGGGAUAUCUGAGGCCGAAGCUUUGGAAUUUUGCGAAAACCCCAUGUUCAAAGGCAGAUUGCAGAUUGCCGCGAGUAAUGCACCAUCUAGUGUUACGCUUUCAGGCGACAUCGAAGCGAUUCGCUUGGCUCAUGACGAGCUAACCAGGGAACUGAAGUUCGCGAGGUUACUCCACGUCGACUCGGCCUAUCAUUCGUUCCAUAUGGUCAAAUCCGGAACCAAAUACGUCGAAGCUCUUCAGGGCAGCGGGAUUGUGACUGCUUGGCAAGGCAACGAAGUUAUCUGGAUUUCUAGUGUCCAUGGCCGAGUUAUGAAUGGAGAAAAGCUUGGUAUUAGCUACUGGAAAGACAAUAUGGUUAACAUGGUACGAUUCCACGAUGCCGCCGCAAACGCGAUUUUGCAACAAGGCCCAUUCGAUUGUGCCUUGGAAGUUGGGCCUCAUCCAGCUCUUAAAGGGCCUUUUACGCAGACUGUGAAGUCUCUUGGGCACGACAUUCUUUACUUGAGUCCGCUAGAACGACAUAAAGACGACUCGUUAGCCUUCGCCCACUUUCUCGGAGGCCUGUGGUCUCAUUAUGGCACUGAAGGAGCUGAUCUUCGGAAAUAUAUUGAGAACUCACCCGAAUACGGCGUCCUCAGCACACGUCUUACCAAUUUACCUACGUAUUCAUGGGAUCAUUCGCAGAUUUACCAUCGAGAAUCUAGAAUUUCGCGUCAAUUCCAUUACAAGACCGCCCCGCCGCACGAGUUGCUCGGCGCUCGAACUAGAGACGAUAAUGAGCACGAGCUACGAUGGCGAAACAUACUGAGACUAGAGAAGUUACCCUGGGUAGAGCAUCACAGCUUCCAGGGCCAUGCUCUUCUCCCCGCUUCGGCGUAUUGUAUUAUGGCGCUAGACGCAGCGCGUACCAUCAUCAAAGAUAGACCUGCCUCGUUGGUUGAACUUCAUGACUUACAGAUUCUGAGCGGAAUCAAUAUCGAGCGCGAUUCUGCAGGCGUCGAAGUGAUGUUCACUCUUAACAUCCUCCCACAGAGCAAGGGCGGAAGUACGAAUUCGACAGUGGAGGCGAACUUCAGUUUGGUAUCUUGCCCUGCUGACGGAACAACAACUAUGCGGUUGAACAUGGUCGGACACCUUAAGAUAUACCUAGGUGAGCCUACUCUGGGUGCUCUGCCGUCUCGAUGUGCUUCUGAGUCGGAGGCGUUCAGUGCGACCCCUGAGUCUUUCUAUAAGAUGAUGGCGCAAAUUGGAUUGGCGUAUACUGGGCCAUUCAAGGCACUGGAAUCCAUCCAACGUCGUUACAACUACUGUAGUGCAACUUUAAAGCGCCACCACGCGGAAGACACGACGACGCUACCGAUUAGUCCUGCCACACUCGACAGUUGUUUCCAGUCAGCGUUCUUGACGUAUGCUUUCCCAGGUGAUAGGUCCCUUUGGACUUCUUUCCUCCCCGUACAUAUUGAUCGAAUGCGCUUUAACUUGACAACGAGUGAGAGCGAUGGUUUGAUUGUGGAUACUCACAUGGUAGAUAUCCAACCCUCGAUGACCAACACGAAGGCUACCUUCGAUGUUGAUAUAAGUAUAUUCAACGAGAAUGAAGACAUGGAAAUUCAAGUCGAAGGACUGACAGUUGCCGCUUUGGCACACAUUCAACCAAAGGAUGACUAUGAGCUGUAUCUCCAUACUGUCACGGAUAUGGACCCCAGCGAUGAGAUCAUUCGCGCAGACGGGGUGUCUGCUAUCACGUACAGCCCACACGAUCCAGUACUCGUAGAGAGUUGUGCGCGCGUAGCUACGUUUUUUGUCAGACAACACCAUGAUGCCCAUGCGCAGCCAUCGGAUCUCAGUCUCUACUAUGAGAAGUUGGCGAAAUCGUUCCCAAUAAUCUUGGGGACUGUAGGCCCUGAAUGUUGGUCUUCUGACACGAAAGAGAAUAUCGAUAAGUUCGUGGAAUGUUCAAACUACUAUGACCGUUUGAACUUGAUUCGCACGCUCGACAAUUAUGAACCGGGCUUCGUGUUGGAUGUUCUCCAAGCUCUUGCAGGCGAGACGAACUACCUGACCUACUCCCACCAACACGUGGGGCGGAUUGCGAAGCAGAUUGCCCACCAACACGCCAGGAUGAAUAUCCUCAGUCUGGCUGGACAGGAGAUUGAACUUCUUGUUGAAGUCCUGUCGGCCCUCGAUUCGUCGUAUUCUUCCUUCACUAUCGGUACACAAACGACUCAGAGUCUAGGCCAGCACGUCAAAUUGGAAAGCUCUUCUGGUAAACUCAUUCGUUCAUCGCUGGAUUUCGCAGGGGACAUUAAGACUCAGCUCGGACCGGACAACGUUUACGAUUUGGUUUUGCUGUCGGCCUCAGAACUUGAGAAUGAGCAUGCGUUUGAAAUGUUGAAGAGUGUACGUGCUAUUAUGAGACCAGGGGGUUUCUUGGUUGUCGUACAGUUCCCCAAAAGCCAGGUGAAAUACCGGCUACCUCAAAUCUCAAAGGGUCGGGGUGAUAGAGCCGAGGCGCAAACGCCACCCCAGUGGCCUGACGCUCUCGAUACUUAUGGCUUCAUUCAAGUCGCAAAGCACUGCAACCAGUCCUACUAUGCGGGAUACUCGAUAAUGGUCCGACAAUUGACUUCUCCCGAGCUAGAGCUUGUGAAGGAACCAACAAGAACUGAAGGUAGCAUUAUCGCAGACCACCUUCUUAUCAUUGGCGGUAAUGGUUCAUCUAGCACUCCUAUUGCUAAGACAUUAGCGCAACGUCUCUUGCCUUUAUGCAAUAAAGUCUCUUUCCGAGCUACUUUUGAUAAUGUUGAUUCAGAUGUCACAGGUGGCUGUACGGCUGCUAUCAUCCUAACAGAUCUUGACAAGCCAUUGAUGUCGAACAUGACACAGCGGACGCUUGAUCGGCUGCGAGAACUACUCAAACCCAACAUGAAGGUCAUGUGGCUCACGUCCAAUGCACGUUUUGGAAAUCCCGACCACGCUGCCACCUUUGGAUUCACGCGUACAGUUUCGGCCGAAAUUCCUAGCUUGACCUUGCAGAUGCUUGAUCUAGAUCAAGUUGUUGGAUCUGGGGAUCUCGUAGCCGACAACUUUAUCCGCCUUAUGAUGACUGAUGAAGACGAUACUAGCGCUCUCCGGGUUGAUGAGCGAGAGAUCCAUAUUGAAAAUGAGAGGCGUAUCAUUCCUCGUGUUAUGCCCCUGAAGGCGUCGAAUGACGGGGUCAACUCUAUGCGGCGCGUGGUUUCGAACUAUGGCAACACCCUCAGGGAGUCUAUCGAAGUUAUCCCAUGUGCCCUUCCUGGUGGCCUAGUCCGCUAUGAGACUAAACUUCAACAUGCCAAUGCUCACAAUCGACAUCUUAACCAGGUCUCAGUUCGGCUAGAUUACAGUUCGGUGGUAGCUCUAAGUCUCAACAGCUCGGCUAUGGCAUAUAUGUGCCUAGGUCAAGACAUGGCUACCGGCGAAUGUGUGAUGGCUAUGUCUCAGAAAAAUACUUCGUAUGUUCAACUUCUGGAAGAGCAAGUGCAUCCCAUCGGGUCGGGCGCCAAUAUUGGACCUCGUCUAAUCUCGCUCUCUAUGAGAUAUUUGGUGGCCGACAUGGUUGCAACUCAAGCUGGAAAACGACGUGUCGUUCUCAUCGAUGCCGAUCCGCUGCUUGUUGAGUGUGUAAAGGAAGUUGUGAUAGGUCAUGUAACUUGCUAUACCACCGCGUAUUCAGAGAAAGGUGGCGCGCAUGGUCCUUUAUUCCUACACCCGCAUGUAUCAGCUAGGGAUAUCAAGGGCAUGUUCCCGCCAUCGGGUGCGGUCGUAUUCGACUUACAAUCACAGGAACGUACUAAGUUAUCACAGGAAAUUUCAAACUUGCUCCCGAAUAAUUGCAAGUACUACUCUCGUAGUACUCUAUGCACUCUAUUAGGCCCUCGCAACGUCCCUGAAGUGAAUACGCAGCAGGACUACUUCUGGAACACUGGUUGGAGAGUGGCGGUUAUCAGAGCGUUAGGUUCGAAUAUUACCAACCCGCACAGACAUGUGGACUUCGAGGCCGUCUCUCUCUCGGCCCUACAAUCGUGCACCGAGAUUCCAUCGUCGCUAUUCCGCAUCAUUGACUGGAGAGCUGAUCGUAACGCUGAGCUCACUACUAAGCACUUUAUUACGGAGCAACUCUUCCGCGCAGACAGGACGUACGUACUAGUUGGGCUAACCAAAGACUUUGGGCAAAGCCUAUGCUAUCUGCUCCUCAAGUAUGGUGCCCGCAACGUUGUCCUGGCGAGUCGCAAUCCGAAGACGGAUCCCAAGUGGAUAGGAGAACUAUCACACUCUUAUGAUGCUAAGAUCGAAGUGCGCAAAUGCGAUGUCACCGACCUCGCCAGCGUACAUGCAUUCAGGGAUGGCCUAUCUCAGACCAUGCCUCCAGUCGGUGGCGUAGCCAAUGGUGCUAUGGUUCUUGAUGAUCGCGUCUUCGCGCAGAUGGAUAUUGACACGUGGGAACGAGUACUAGGUCCCAAGACUGUUGGUUCUCAGAAUCUACACACCGUCUUUAACGACCCGAAUCUUGAGUUUUUCAUAAUGACAUCGUCCUUCGCCGCCAUCGGUGGCCACCCAGGCCAAUCUAACUAUGCCACGGCCAAUAUGUACAUGAACGGAUUAGCAGGUAUGAGACGUCGACUUGGGCUUGCGGGCUCAGUGUUGAACAUCGGCGUCAUUUACGGCCUCGGCUUUCUACAGCGAGAGAAGGAGGAGCUAUACGCCGGCCUGGAACGUGAGGGAUAUCCGCCAAUCUCCGAGCGUGACAUCCACCAUAUGUUCCUCGAGGCCGUUAUCACGGGCCGUCCCGGACAGGCAUCUCCAAUGGACCUUACGACUGGCCUUCGCCGAUUCGAUCCUUCUGACCCAAACCCCUUGCAUUGGCACCAGGACCCAAGAUUCGCCCACUAUACCCGCCAGGAAACUGAGGACCCAGUUGCUGCCACGGCAGGCACACGCAAAAGCCUCAAGGAUACUAUCGCGACCCUCGUGGAACUGGAUACCGUCUCUCAGGCUAUUCUAGUAGCAUUCACGGAGCGAUUGCAGACGCUCCUUCAGCUGCCCAUAGAGGCCAUAUGUCCGAGCCAGAGUAUUUCUGAACUGGGCGUAGACUCGCUCGCUGCAGUUGAGAUUCGCGGAUGGAUCUUCAAGGCGAUUGGCAAAGAUGUAUCCGUGAUCAAGCUGCUCAGUGGUACCAGUAUCCGGAAGCUGUGUGCAGAGCUUGCUGAGCAGAUUAUAGCUGAUCGCAGCAACGAAACGAAAAAGGAUAUAGUAUAA